CAGUCAGUCUUUUUCUCUCAAAUUUUAUCUAGAACAGGUUUAGGCGACUUUUUCUUCAAAAGUUCUUCAACAACAUAAGAUCCGGUCGUUGCAAAAAAAUCCGGUCCUCUCCAACGCCCCCAAAAUCCAAAUUCUCCCAAAAAAAAAUCCCAAACCUAAUACUACAGAAUUUCAUGAAUUUCAUUAGCUUCCGCCAUAAAUUCUUGAAAAUCUAGACCAACCCAUUUGGGAAGCGUUUCAAUCUAUCACUCAAAGUUCAGAAAUGGGUGGAAAUGGCAAGUUUCGGAGAUGGAAAAUCUCCAUCUACAAGUCCUCUUCUUCGUCAAAGUCACAGCAAAAAUUAGACCCACCUGCUGAAUUCCUCUGCCCAAUUUCUGGGUCUUUGAUGUCUGAUCCUGUGGUGGUUUCUUCUGGCCAAACUUUCGAGCGGGUUGCUGUUCAAGUUUGCAAGGAUUUAGGGGUUAUCCCAAAUUUAUCCGAUGGCUCAACCCCUGAUUUUUCCGCUGUAAUUCCUAAUUUAGCUCUUAAAUCUUCGAUUAUCAACUGGUGUCGACAAUCCCGUGUCGAAAUCCCCUCCCCACCUGAUUAUUCUUCCAUGGAAACCACCAUUGUUCAGGCAAAAACGGCCUCUCAACAGGAACCUUCAGUUUCUGAAACGGAGCUGCUGAGAGGGGUAGAGAAUAACCCUCCAUUUCUGUUUUCUCAUGCGGCUUCUGAUUUGAAUCCCCGCAACAAUUACUCCUCGUCUUCGGAGGAAUCUGUGAUUGCAAACGCUACCCCUUUUCUCCCAUUUGCCACUCGUCCAGCUUGCUAUUCUUCGCCAUCAUCAUCAGCUCCGUCAUCGUCCUCUUCAGAAACAGUAUACGAUGAAGCUCUGGGUACACCGGAUGGAAUUGGUACUGGUAUUGGUAUGGAUGAAAUGUUUGUUACGAAGUUCAAGAGUUUGGAUGUGAUGGAACAGGAGGAAGCAGUGAUUCUUUUACGAAAAACCACUAAAGCAAACGAUGAAGAUGCUAGGGUAAGACUCUGUACCCCGAAGCUUUUACAGGCGAUAAAGCCUCUGCUGGUUUCGAGAUAUCCAAUUGUGCAGACGAAUGCAGUUGCUUCGAUUGUGAAUCUUUCGCUUGCUAAUGUGAAUAAAGUGAAGAUUGUUCGAUCUGGGAUGGUUCCGAUUCUGGUUGAUUUGUUAAAGGGUGGAUUUGAGGAGUCUCAGGCGCAUGCCGCAGGUGGGAUUUUCAGUUUAGCUCUGCAGGACGAGAAUAAGAUGGCGAUUGGGGUUUUGGGAGCUCUGGAGCCAUUGUUGCAUGCUUUGAGGUCCGGGACCGAGUUGACUCGGCGUGACUCGGCCUUGGCGUUGUAUCAUCUGAGCAUUGUUAGUAGCAAUAGGGUAAAGUUGAUUAAGCUUGGAGCCGUUGGGAUUUUGUUGGGGAUGUUGAGGAGUGGGGUUUUGGUGGGGAGAGUGGUGUUGGUGGUUUGCAAUUUGGCGGUGUCACCGGAGGGGCGGUCGGCGUUGUUGGAUGGCGGCGCGGUGGUCAGCCUGGUGGCAAUUUUGCGGGAUGGAAGUGAGUCUGACUCGUCCGAGUCAACACGUGAGAAUUGUGUGGCAGCUUUGUACUCACUGAGUCAUGGGAGUCUGAGGUUCAGAGGGCUGGCCAGGGAGGCGAGGGCGUCCGAGGUGUUGCAGGCGGUGGUGGAGCAUGGAAGCGACCGGGCCAGGGAAAAGGCGAACAGGAUAUUGGCGGUGUUGAGAGGUAGAGAUGGGGAGGAGGAGAGCGGAGAGAUUGAUUGGGAAGCGGUGAUGGAGGGUGGACUGAGUCGAACUCGGCACCGAGUUCCUGCUAGGUAUUCAAGUGGCCUUAACUCAACCGAGUUCUGAGUGAGUGGAACAUAAAAGCAGCUGGAUCGCGCUCAGCCCUCCGCAUGGACUUCUUUCAAGUCGAUCAGGAUGAUAUUUUCGUCUCUUCAACUGAAGACUUCGGCAUCAUUAGUUUUAGUGCAAAGAGGCCCAAUUUUGGGAGUGAAGACCUUUGUUUCGAA